CGUCAAUCAGCCCCUUCCCCAAUUCACACUCCCUAUACCCCGUUACGGGUCCUUAACCGAUCAACCAACAGGAAGACUUCCAUGGACACAUAGUAUCUGUGGUAGAAGACCACCAGUGCGCCAUGUCUGCUUCCCGCGCCAAAUUGGCGGAGCUGCGCGCCCUUCGCGCCGCAGGAAAGAAACGCCUGUCGACAUACGAAGUUGAGGAACAAGGCGAUAUCUACGAGGAGGUCGACGAUGAGGGAUAUAAGAAGAUUAUCCGCAACCGGCUUGAUCAGGAUGACUUCGUGGUCGACGAUAAUGGAGAAGGUUAUGCCGACGACGGUCGCGAGGUGUGGAACGAGCGCACCGCAGACUAUGGCGACAGCGAGAGCGAGGACGACGGAUUACCUGCCCGGGGCAAGGCUGCGAAGAGAAAGCGCGAGGAGGAAAAGCAACGACAGGAGAAGAUCAAUAAUGGCAUCUCAAAGUAUUUCAGCAGUGGGGCUGCGCCCUCUGCUCCCAAGCCCAAGCCGGUCGCUACUGCAGAAGACGACGCUUUCAUGGCCGAUUUGCUCGGAGAAGUCGAUACCAACGUGGCCCCGCAUCGUGUCCCUACGAGGAAUAUAGUCAAGACUGAGGCUCGUCGCAAAGUUCGCAUCUUGUCACCCCCGCUUGCCGAUAGAACACGCAGAGAGAAGCCGAUAAAGAGGGACGAAAACAGUGACCCUGUUUCGCCGGCCAAGGAUCAACCAGAGGUCAAUUUCGACGACGAUGAUGGCGCGCUUCCUGGCAUGGAUGAUGACGACGUUCCCAUGAGUGACCCGAUGCCAUCGUCUCCCAUCAGCAAAGCGGUAGAGAGGAAGUCGACCACGACACCUGUCAAGGUCGAGGAGUUUGACGAUGAUGAUAAUGAUAUUAUGGAGAUCGCACAAGUCACUGGUCAGAACGACGCUAAGGCGACCAGCGUCAACAUGGCCGGAAGCCGGCCUCCGCCCAAACUCAAGAGGGAGAGCACUCCGCCUCUGGCUAGCUCCUCGCCUACAAAGCCAAUGCCAGAGGUGGACGCAUCUUGGAAUAACGUAAGGAGCAAGCUGAAUGUUCUCAGCAGCCCUGCGUCGUCGGAAAUGCGUAGCUUCGGUAAGCUUCGCGCCCAGGAUGUCGUCGAGGAGGACGGAAGUCUGCGCAUGUUCUGGCUGGACUUUACAGAAGUCAACGGCAGUCUUUGCCUGUUUGGAAAAGUGAAGAACAAGCAAAAUGGUUCUUACGCCAGUGCAUUCGUCAAGAUUGACAACAUCCUGCGCAAGCUCUAUUUCCUUCCCCGAGAGUAUCGGCACAAGAAUGGGCGAGAGACGGAUGAAGAGGUAGACAUGGAAGAUGUUUAUCAUGAAGUCGAUGGUAUGAUGUCUAGGCUGAAGGUAGGAAUGCAUAAGAUGAAGCCCUGCACACGCAAAUACGCUUUCGAAAUGCCUGGUGUCCCGAAAGAGACCGAAUACCUGAAGCUGUUUUAUCCUUAUGACAAAUCUCCGUUGCCAAUGGAUGUGAAGGGCGAGACCUUUUCGCAUGUAUUCGGCACAAACACAUCAUUGUUCGAGCAGUUUGUUCUCUGGCAAAACAUCAUGGGACCUUGUUGGCUCAAAAUUGAAGAGGCAGAUUUCACUGCCGUCAACAAUGCAUCUUGGUGCAAAUUUGAAUGCCAAGCAGCGAAGCCAGCGCUUAUUUCUCCGGUACCUGACUCUGAGAAUCUGGAAGCGCCACCUCUGACGCUCAUGAGUCUCUCCUUCCGGACCCAGCUCAACGUGAAAGAGAACAAGCAGGAGAUCCUCGUGGCGAGUGCAAGAGUAUAUGAAAAUGUCUCCCUCACGGACACCACUCCGCCUGAGAGGUUGCCCUGCAAGACUUUCACGGUCAUGCGGCCUGCAGGCUCUUCAUAUCCGAUGCACUUUGAAGCCGAAACGCGGAAGCAGAGGGGCACAUUCAUGCUGGAGAAGAGCGAACAGUUUCUGCUCAGCAAGUUCCUGGCGUUGUUCGAGAAGAUGGAUCCCGAUGUUCUGAUGGGACAUCAGCUUCAGGAGGUUGACCUCAGCAUUCUGCUCAGCAGAUUGAGGGAGAAGAAGACCCCUGGUUGGCAUCGCCUUGGACGGUUGAAGCGCGGCGACUGGCCCAAGAACUUUAACAGAGGUGGAGGUUUCUUCGCCGAGAGGCAUCUGAUUGCUGGAAGACUGAUGUGCGAUGUUGCUAAUGAUAUGGGCAAGUCUCUGAUGAUGAAAUGUCAAUCUUGGAGUUUGACGGAGAUGUGCGACCUCUACCUCGGAAAAGAGAAUGCCAGACAAGAACUGGAUUGCGAGGCAGCACUGAAGACAUGGGCUACUACCAAGGAUGGCCUCAUGAACUUCGUCAAUCACUGUGAUGCGGAUACCUAUUUCAUUGCUGCGUUGGUGCUGCGGCUUCAGAUGCUGCCCUUGACCAAAGUACUCACGAAUAUUGCUGGUAACUCUUGGGCAAGAACGCUGAGUGGUACGCGUGCCGAGCGGAAUGAGUACAUUCUUCUCCACGAAUUCCACCGUAACAAGUACAUCUGUCCCGACAAGUACUCCUCUAAGCUACUGAAAGCUGAAGAGAAGAUGCAAGAAGGUGAUGAUGACGAGUCGGCCGAUAAGAAGAAGAAGGACAAGUACAAGGGUGGCCUUGUUUUUGAACCCGAAAAGGGUCUCUAUGACAAGUUCAUCCUAGUGAUGGACUUCAACAGUUUGUAUCCCAGUAUCAUCCAGGAGUACAACAUCUGCUUUACAACAGUGGAGCGGACAGCGACUGCGGAUAAUGACAAGGAAGAAAAGGUUCCCGAAGUUCCUACUUCCGAUCAAGAGCAGGGUAUUCUGCCUAAGCUUAUUGCUACUUUAGUCGGUCGUCGACGUGAAGUCAAGAAGCUGAUGAAGGACAAACGCGCCACUCCUGAGCAGCUUGCUCUGUGGGACACCAAACAGCUGGCCUUCAAGCUGACCGCUAACUCCAUGUACGGAUGCUUGGGAUACACGCAGAGUCGCUUCUACGCACGUCCCUUGGCCAUGCUCACCACCUUCAAGGGUCGUGAGAUUCUCAGAAGCACCAAGGAGCUGGCAGAGUCCAAGCAGCUUAGAGUCAUCUACGGUGAUACUGACUCGGUCAUGAUCAACACGAACAUGGACACGAUCAGCGAUGCGCUAAAGGUCGGUGAUGAGUUCAAGAAAUCCGUAAACGAACGUUACCGGUUGCUGGAGAUCGACAUUGACAAUGUGUUCCGUCGUCUUCUUCUUCACGCCAAGAAGAAGUAUGCCGCCAUCAACAUGACCGAGGUAGAUGGCAAGUACGUGGAUAAGCUCGAAGUCAAGGGUCUGGACAUGAAGAGGCGUGAAUACUGCUCGUUGUCGAAGGAGGUCUCUCAGAAACUGCUGAAUGAAGUUCUCUCCGGCGAGGAUCAGGAGGUUGUUCUCAACAGAGUCCAUGACUAUCUACGCGAGUUGGCUGAGAAGAUGCGCGAGUACUCCGUCCCUGUCCAGAAAUACGUCAUUUACACGAAACUCUCCAAGCGACCCGAGGAAUAUCCUAACAAGGAGUCUAUGCCCCCGGUACAGGUGGCCUUGCGCGAGCUUGCCCGCGGUAAAACGGUUCGCCCUAACGACGUCAUAUCGUAUGUUGUAACGAACGGGGAUGCCGAGACCUCGUCUCUCGCACCAGCCAAGCGGUCAUACACACCCCAGGAUGUGAUGAAGCCGGAUUCGGGACUCAAGCCUGAUAUCGAAUUUUAUCUUCUCAAGCAGAUUUUCCCACCGAUCGAACGUCUCUGUGCCCCUAUUCCUGGCACUGAUGCCGUUCGACUAGCCGAGUGCUUGGGGCUUGAUGUCCGCAAGUACCAGAUCAAUAGCUCGAGUGGUAGCAACCAACAGAAUGCCGAUAUCUUCCCGCUCGAGUCACAGAUUCCAGACUCUGUGCGGUUCGAGAACGCUACCCGAUUUACGCUUACCUGCCGGUUCUGCAAGGAGAAGUCGGUCUUCGAAGGACUCGCGCAGUCUACCCACAUGUGCACUGCCAAUGGUGUCGUUUGCCCCAACCAGGCUUGUCAGAAGCCAUUCUCUGUCUUGACGGUUGUGGCCCAGCUAGAGUCACAAAUUCGUGCACAGACAUCGAAGUACUAUGAGGGCUGGCUCGUCUGUGACGACACGGCCUGCGGCAACCGGACUAGACAGAUCAGCGUGUAUGGACACCGGUGUCUUGGACCCCGGGGUCACGCUGAGGGCUGCCUUGGUCGGAUGACGUACGAGUAUUCGGAGAAACAGAUGUAUAACCAAUUACUUUACUUCGCAGGACUUUGGGACGUGGACAAGGCUCGUAAAGCGGCAGAGAAGGAGCCCACUGGGGAAAAGAAGGACAGUGUGACGGCCCUGGCAGAGUUCAAUCGCAUACGCCCCGCACCCCCGCCAAUCAAGCCCGGCACUUUCUCUGCCCGCCGCUGUCUCCCGCCAUCAACUUCGCCCUUCACAUGCUCGCUCCUUGUUUUCCCUGACUUCUGGCGACCUGGUCUUCCUCAAUCGAUUCCUUUGGACAUUCCAGGAAUUCCCCUAGUGACCGCCGUCAUGUCAGUCGCGCGGGUAUUGGUCAUUGCGGGAUCAGACAGCUCCGGUGGCGCGGGUCUGGAAGCGGACCAGAGGGUCCUGGCUGCACAUGGGUGCUAUGCUCUUACGGCAACGACUGGUCUCACAGCCCAGAAUACUUUGGGCGUGCAAGACAUCUUUGUUGUCCCCUCGGAGUUCGUGAAAAAACAGAUUAAUGCCGGCCUGGAAGAUGUUGGUGCGGAUGUUGUUAAGUUGGGAAUGCUUUCUUCUGCAGAGACCAUCGAUGUCAUUGCUGAAGCAUUGACCGUGCACCAAGUGCCUGCGGUGGUGCUGGAUCCGGUUAUGGUCUCUACUAGCGGGUCACGUCUAUUACCUGAAGCAGCCAUUAAAGGCCUGCGCACAAAGCUUCUUCCCUUGACAACUGUCCUCACCCCCAACAUUCCCGAAGCCGUGCUGCUUCUGAAAGAUGCCGGUGUGGACGUCCCAGAGCCGACAGAUCUCCCUGGUCUCAUUCAGCUCGCAAAGCAGGUCUGCUUCUUGGGUUCCAAGGGUGUCCUGCUCAAGGGCGGUCAUUUGCCGCUCACCGGUGAUAACCGGACCGCGCAGAAUCAUGAACAGGCCUCGAAGGUUAUUGAUGUGUUUUUCGAUGGAGAAGACAUUACCUUGUUUGAGACUGACUAUCUGAUAUCGAAGAAUACUCACGGCACUGGCUGCUCACUUGCCUCGGCCAUAUCGGCCAAUCUCGCCCAUGGUAAGGAUAUGAGGCGGGCAGUUCAGAGCGCGGUUCGUUUUGUUGAGGCAGGUAUCAAGACUAGCAUUGAUCUCGGAAAGGGCAGUGGGCCGAUUAAUCAUUUUCAUUCCUUCUACUGUCUACCAUUUUCUCCCGGACAUUUUGUAGAAUAUGCUCUAGACCGUCCUGACGUCCAACCAGUGUGGAAGCUUUUCACCGAGCACGAGUUUGUCAAGAGGAUGGGAGAUGGCACACUUUCAGAGGAAAGAUUCAAGUCAUAUCUCGUGCAAGACUAUCUUUACUUGGUUCAAUUUGCCCGGAGCAACGCCCUAGCUUCGUACAAAGCUGGAGACAUGGAGUCCAUUGCUGCGUCAGCCAAGAUUGUUCUACACAUCCAACGUGAGACCGCGUUGCACCUCGAUUACUGUGCGUCCUUUGGCCUUUCGAAAGAGCAAAUGGAGAGCACCCCGGAAACCAUUGCGUGCACCGCAUACGGCCGGUAUAUCCUCGAUAUCGGACAAUCACAGGAUUGGCUCGCAUUGCAGGUGGCCCUUGCACCCUGCUUACUCGGAUACGGGGCAAUUGCACAGAGGUUGUACAGCGACAAGGAGUCUAUCCGCGAGGGCAACCGGUACUGGAAGUGGAUUGAGAACUAUGUGGCGGAGGACUACACUGAAGCCGUGCGCUUAGGAUCUGAACUACUUGAGACGCAUAUGCGACAGGUUUCGCCCAGUCGAGUGGAAGAAUUGAUCAAGAUCUUCAUACGAGCGACAGAGUUGGAGAUUAGCUUCUGGGACAUGGGACUGGGUGGCAAACAUUUGUAGGGAGAAGGGAAACCGAGCAGCUACUUAGAUGAGGCAAAAUGCAGGGCAAGCCAAGUUAAGAUAGGAUUUAUAGACUAUGUACAAUGACAUCGACUGCAUGAAUGACC